AUGAAUAACCAAGGGGUUACCUAUGCAGAACUUAAUCGGGUGAAUAACUCAAAUAGACACCAGAUGAAAGCUAAGGGCACUAAAAAUUCCAUUUCAGUAACUGAGCAAGAAAUAACCUAUGCAGAAUUAAAUCUUCAAAAUACUACUCAGGAUCAUCCAGGGGAACGCAAGAACUACCACUGCAAAGGAAAGAUCCUUGCUAGGAUGCUGGGAAUCAUCUGCUUUGUCUUGAUGUCCACUGUGAUAACAAUAGUUCUUAUUCCCUUUACUGAAAUACUGGAGCAGAACAAUUCAUCCCUGAAAACGAACAAUCAGAAAGCUUAUCACUGUGGUCAUUGUCCAAAAGAGUGGUUUACAUAUUCCAACCAUUGCUAUUACAUUAGCACUGAAAAAAAACCAUGGAAUGAGAGUUUGGCAUCCUGCGCUUCUAACAACUCUAAUCUGCUCUACAUAGAUGAUGAAGAAGAACUGUGUCUGUCAUUUGCUCAGUCUGGGAUAUGUGAGGUAAAGAGAAAUUCCAUGGCAUUUGCUGCCAUGUCAUUCCCUGGAUCUGGAGAUCUGGAGUGCCUGGUUCUGUCAAGUUUCUCAUCAUCUGUCUAA